CGCUCGCCACAUAUUUCUUCGUCUUCUUCAGUUCUUUUUUUUUCUUUCGUUCUCUUAGGUCUUAAGAAAUUAGGUUUAGCUAGGAUAGAAAUCGAAACGCUUUCAGUUGUAGGCUGCAGCAUGGAGUACGACGACGGCAUCCGGUCGCAAAUCGAUUGGAGAAUCGCCGAUGAAUCGCCUCCCGAAUGGAUUGGAAUUGACAAUUUACAUCAGGGGAAUCAAGAGAUCGAGACCCACUUGAUGCGAGACGAUGAACCUGCUGCCGGCGAUCCCCAAUUCGCCGACGAUUUCGUCGCUCAGUUUCUCGUUGAUUUCCCUCCCGAUUCCUCUUCCGGCGGCGACCCAGAUUUUCAUCCUGAUUCCUCUUCUUCUCACCGCCACGGCACCCCUGAUUCCUCCGACAAGGACAACGACGCUGCUCUCGCAGCAGCACCCGUUGAAAUCGGAAACGCUCCUAAUGAUCCCGUCUUGAAGAAGCGGCAGAGGCAGCUGAGGAACAGGGAUGCGGCGAUGAGAUCUAGGGAGAGGAAGAAGGAGUAUGUGAAAGAUCUGGAGGCUAAGAGCAAGUAUCUGGAAUGGGAAUGCAGGAGACUGGGGCGGUUGCUACAGUGCUGCGUUGCUGAGAAUCAAGCUCUAAGAUUCAGUUUGCACAAUGGAAGUGGUGCAGCGUUUGGUGCUGCCUCGGCCAAGCAGGAGUCUGCUGUGCUCUUGUUGGAAUCCCUGCUGUUGGGUUCCCUGCUUUGGUUCCUGGGCACCAUUUGCCUGUUCCGUCUACCAACGAGAGCGCUCCUGUCGUGCGUUCCACUGGAACAGCCGGCGCCACGAGAAGGGGUGACUCCAAGAGGAGGAGGAAGAAGUAAGAUGAUGAUGUCCAUACUGCAACUUGGCGAGCCAAGAGGCAGGAGAUGCAGGGCCUCGCGGACUAGGAUGAAAGAAGACCUGAAAUACUCAUUUUCCUCAUGUAGUUGUGGAUAGUUUUGUAAAGUGUAAGGAGUAAACAGACAGAAACCUUUCUGGUAUUUCACCCGUAGUAUCUGUCAACAGUCAAACGUUAGUAUGUCUUAAUCUAUGCUGAGCUCUGGUUCGUUCGUUCAAUAAUUCAAGAUUGGUAGUUAUGUCUACUGGAUGUGCAUUGUAUGCUCCACUCGGUGGUGCAUCAAUAUUGGGUUGGGUUGAACACAGAACAAAUGCUAACUACCCAACAAACAGUGAACAACGAUAGAUCGUCAUCUCAUCUUUACUAAGUGCUGAGUUUUGUGUUGCAAAGUGCAGAACUACAACUGUAUAGCCCCCGCAGGAUUAAGAAUAUCGACUAGCCAAGUGCUUGCUGAUGCAUUGGCGAGUCCUUGGAGUCUCUGUGAUCAGUGGUAUUAAGGGUUGACAUUGUUUCGUACUUCAUUAGCAUUCUCCGAAACCAUGUCAAUCGUAAUACGAGAAAGUAAAAGACACAAGAAUUUAACGUAGUUUUCCUGAAUAUCAGGACUGGUAAGUAAAAGACACAAGGAUUUAACGUGGUUUUCCUGAAUAUCAGGACUAGUCCACGGAAGAGAUAGAAAUCUCCAAGAGCAAUUCUUAUUCUGGUCAGUUCUGUAUAGUUCACUAUAUUACAUAUUGAUACCUCAAUUUAAUAUUCUAACAGCUGUGAGCAUUUUCAUUCUCGAUGACUAGAUUUUGACACUUUUGUUUUAGGCCGUGUAUGCAAGUGUAUUGAGUGAAUAGAAACUGUGUAUCAUU